GCAGGAAAAGCAUGUUAGUGUGGUGUUGGCGAGUGUGACUGAUGGACGUGUGUUAAGGAGUGAGAGUGCUCUCAAAGCUUUCAAAAUGUGUGAUCUGAAGGGGCUAAAAGCCACGGGUAUCGUUUUUGCUAUUUUCGCUACACUGGUGUCGCUGGGCACAGAAGGCUUCUACGCCUGGGAAACCUACCAGGUGGACCAUCAGUGUUACAACCAAACUAUGUCAGACGUGUGUGAUUAUGACGAGCUGGAGACCCGCACAUACAUAGGCCUGGCGGAGGGCAUCCUGGGAACCAUAAUCUCCAUCUUCCUCAUCGUUGGCUUCGCCUUGCCAUAUACACCACUCAUCUGGACGUGGGUGGUAUGGGCGCUGGGCAUCUCAGCUUAUAAUGCCUACUGUAUCUACGAUUAUUAUACUGUUAUAGAGGAUAACAACAGCGGAGGCAGCUUCCCGUGGGAUGACCUGGUUACUCAGGACUACAGUUACUUCCUCAUCUGCGUCAUCGCCUCUGUCUGCUGUCAUGUCUUCACACUCAUCUUUAUCAUUCCCCUGGGUGCUGCCAUCACUCAUAUGAUCUCUUCACGAUCUUCUACUUUCGGAGGCUUUGAAUUACGUGAGAGGUAAAGUUGCAAGCUUCAAGCUGGACAACUAUCAAUGGGACAACGACGCGUUUGCAAUGGACUAACUCGGCGCCUCAGUGGUCUUUAGUGGUUAUAAUGUAGCAAUUAUUAUUUUUAUUACAUAUAUGAAGGGAAUGGGAGACAAUCAGGUUCAAUCCAAGGAAGGAGAGGUCAGGCGCAAUUCUCUGGAUCAAGAGCCUCAUCGAGCGUUGAAGAACCUGCCCUAGUGUGGUAUACUCUGAGUCUAAUAUGAUUCCUUAAUGCUCAGAUAUCUCUAACUACCUGUACACUACAAUGAAUCCUUUUUAAUUUUGAAGGAUGCACAAAAAAAUUUGAUCGACAUAUUUAAUUUUUUCGGUUUGUACUAUAAAAAGUUUUUUUUUCACGUGUAGAAAGGUUUCUUCUCGCUAAAUCCCCAUGAUUUUGCAGACCCUAACUUACUUAGUUUCUUUCUGUUCAGAAACUUGAUUAAACUCUCCAUAUACUCGAGAACAUGGAUGAACAUGUUUCAUUGUAAUUAUUUAAGUGAAAUAUAUAAUAUAUACUCUCAUUUAGGGGCUCUCAGUACUCAUUAAAUUUAAAGAAACUCCUUUCCGUGAAUGUGUCUAGGAAAGGUAUGAAUAUCUUAGUUCAUUCUCAGUACGGAGCUUAAAAGAAAUGAGGAUAUGCAAUCUAGAAAGGUAUGUUUUAAGCUUUCAUUAUUAGGCUGCAGUCAAAUCAUAAUCCAUAUGGAAAAGCAGAAACAAAUGCAGUAUAAUGCGAUUCUUUAUUGACUAUGUAUAGACAAUAAAGGCUUGCAUUAUACUGCAUUUGUGUCUAAUGUUCCAUCGUGUCAGUAUUUUAUUCCAUUUUCUUAACACGUCGGCCAUUUCCCACCGAGGCAGGGUGGCCCAAAAAGAAAGAAAAAACUUUCAUCAUCAUUCAACACUUUCACCAUCACUCGUACAUAAUCACUGUCUUUGCAGAGGCACUCAGAUACAACAGUUUAGACAUCUCUCCAAACUGCCAAUAUCCUAAACCGCAUGGAGGGGUUUAGGUUAUUGGCAGUUUGAAGAGAAUAUUACCCUGCUCACACACCAACAGCUUGUCAGGUCCCAAAAACCAGUCGUCUCCAUUCACUUCUAUAUAACAUGCUCAUGCACGCUUGCUGGAAGUCCAAGCCCUUCAUCCACAGAACUUCCUUAACCCCUCUGUCCAACCUUUUCGACGACGACCCCUACCUUGCCUUCCUUCUCCAACAGAUUUAUAUGCUCUCCACGUCAUCCUACUUUGUUCCAUUCUUUCUAAAUUACCAAACCACACCAACAGCCCCUCUUCAGCCGACUUGUUGAAAAAAAAAAAAAACGCCAACCACUCCAACACUAUCUCCCCCCGCUUUUAACAUUUCUGUUGUGAUCCCCUCAGUUCCAGCUGCUUUACUCCCUUUCAUUCUACAUAAUACCUCACAUGUCGGUCAUCUCCCACCGAGGCAGAGUGACCCAAAAAGAAAGAAAAUCUCAAAAAAAAAAAAAAAAAUACUUUCAUCAUCAUUGAACACUU